GCUCAUGGGCUAAACAUGGUAUUAAUUUAUGGCUUAUACAACGGCCACUCAAUUUUGACCUCGCUACCAGAACAAAAUUAUGAUACAGAAGUAAAGCGAAAUCAAGCGUCAUUGACUAAACUCCCGAGGUUUCAGUUCUAUAUCGGAAUUAGCGGCAUCGUAUCCUCCCAUUAAGCCGCUGACCAAAGAAGUCCUCUUUUCAACCCCUCGCAUCAAGGCAAUUGAAGCAAGAUAGGACGAUAUUCGGAUGCUGAACUUGACGGUGAACCACCUCUAUGGUACAUAAGAUGUCCAUGGCAACGGUGGGGUUUGGUUUGGCUAAGUACAGGUAGAUGGG